CACCCCCUCCCAUGUAAAUAUCAUAAAUGCGUUAAACUGGAUACUCAGUUUGACACUCAAUCUAAAUAGUUUAUCUCAAUAAGUAAGCAACUACAUUUGAUAUGACAGAGAACAACACAAGAAAGUAAGAAGAAAGGUGACAGCUUAAGAGCUAACGAAGAGAAAGUUUGAAGAAACAAAUAACCAUUCUGAAAAAGUGACAAGGAACAUGAAAUACUAAAAGACUAGACACAACAAACAGUGUUUACUCUGGAGAAAACAACCACCACAAGUUGAGAAAGAUACAAGAAGAAGCAUAAACGAUAACACAGAAAAAAUGAUAUCGAUCGGCUUACAAAUGGUGGGCUAUUUCUUGGCUAUCUUGGGUAUGAUUGGAACUGUUAUUGCCACUAUAUUGCCCUCAUGGAAAGUCAGCUCAUUCAUUGGUGCAAGCAUUGUGACAGCUCAGGAAUUUUCCAAAGGUCUUUGGAUGGAGUGUGUUUCCUAUAGCACAGGCAUUGCCCAGUGUGAUAUUUACAACAGCAUGUUAGGGCUACCUGCUGACACUCAAGCAGCCCAAGCUCUUAUGAUAACAUCGUGUGUAUUCUCUGUUCUUGCGAGCCUUUUCUCUGUCUUUGGCAUGAGAUGUACAAUUUUUUCCCAGGGAUCUCCUGGAAAGGACAAGUUAGCUGUGACUGGAGGGGCUUUUUUCAUCCUGGGUGGUAUAUUGUGCCUGGUCCCUAUUUGCUGGAACCUGCACUCCAUUCUUCAAGAAUUCUACAGUCCAUUAAUCCCUGACGCACUUAAGUAUGAGAUUGGACCUGCACUUUAUUUAGGUAUAAUGGCAUCUAUUUUGUCUGUUUUGGGUGGUGCCAUUCUUUGUGCCUCAUGUCCAUCAAGGCAACAAGAUCAUGUGUUUUACAGCAAAUACCAGGGAAGAGCUUUGAUUGCAGAUAAAGGACAAGCUACUGGAAGCCAACCACAUAUCACCAAGAAUGAAACAAAUGGGUAUAGCCUCACUGGUUAUGUGUAGUUGGUUAGUAUAAAUAAAAACGCUUUAUUAUGUUUUCGUUGACUAACUCCAGGAACAUAGAUAGCACAUGGACAAUUGGUAUAGUAGUUACCAUCACCGAAGUAGAAACACCCAUUUAAAAAUGUGAGAUGCCCUAUAAUAGGAUUGGAGGUUCCAUAAAUAAGAUCAUUUCUUAUAUAUGACAACUAAUUAUUGGAGAGUCACCUUUGUGUUCUGUUUAUGCAGAUAGCUUUCUUAAAACAGGUAAUCAGUGACAUUGCUAAGUUGGAUUUUCAAAUAAUAUAUUUAAUUCUCCUAACUACGGGUUAUCAAGCAAGUACAAAAAGGCACUUUUUUCUUUGAAAUUUAGUAUAGCAGACAAUUUGGAUAUAUAAUAUUGUAAAUUAUCUGCCUAAGAACUACAGUGUUCAGCUCUGUAUAAAUAGAUUUCAUGUAUGAUUAACAUCAAUUACAGAUAAUUUUUAUGCAAACAUGAUACAACUAGUACACAUUUUAUUGACUGUAAGUAUUCAACAUAGUUUAUAUUGUAAAAUAUGUUCAUUAUCACCCCUUGAUUUCAUUGAUUGUUAAAGCAUUGGUUUUAAGGAUUAACAUAUAUUCUGUCAGCACUCUGAAAUACACAUAAAUGCACUACCACUCUCGCAAAUAUGUUUUAUUUGUUUUGCACACAACUUUUCUCCCUACUUACUGCUUUCUAAUGGACCCAAAGAACAGAAAUGGUUGCUUUCAUAGACAUAUUCAUCAAAUAUUGACAAUGUAUAUUUGAAAUGUUUCAAGGCAUUGUUAUUAAGUGUUAAUUAAUGCUGUAGUUACCUUAAUUGCAUUUUGAGAAAUUACCUGUAAAGAAUAACCGUUAUUGAAUAAAUGCAAUUUACAGGAAAA